AUGAUAGGAAACCAAACCAGUGUCUCAGAGUUCCUCCUCCUGGGCCUGCCCAUCCAGCCACAGCACAAAAGCCUCUUCUACGUCCUGCUCCUGGCCAUGUACCUGACCACCGUCCUGGGGAACCUCCUCAUCACUGUCCUCAUUCACCUGGACUCCCAUCUCCACACGCCCAUGUACUUGUUUCUCAGCAACUUGUCCUUCUCUGACCUCUGCUUCUCCUCUGUCACAAUGCCCAAAUUGCUGCAGAUCAUGCAGAGCCAAGUCCCAUCCAUCCCCUAUGCAGGAUGCCUGGCCCAGAUGUACUUCUUCCUGCUUUUUGGAGAUCUGGAGAACUUUCUCCUUGUGGCCAUGGCCUACGACCGCUAUGUGGCCAUCUGUUUCCCCCUGCACUACACCAGCAUCAUGAGCCCCAAGCUCUGUCUCUUCCUGGUGGCACUGUCCUGGGUGCUGACCACGUUCCAUGCCCUGCUGCACACCCUGCUCAUGGCCAGGCUGUCUUUCUGUGCAGACAACAGGAUCCCCCACUUUUUCUGUGAUAUGUCUGCUCUUCUGAAGUUGGCCUGCUCUGACACUCACGUCAAUGAGUUGGUGAUAUUUGUCAUGGGAAGCACAUUUCUUGUCAUCCCCUUCCUACUCAUCACCAUGUCCUAUGUAAGGAUUGUGUCUUCCAUCAUCAAGGUUUCUUCAGCACAGAGCAUCCAUAAGGCCUUUUUCACCUGUGCCUCCCACCUGUCUGUGGUGUCGCUGUUCUAUGGGACAGUUAUUGGUCUCUACCUAAUCCCGUCAGCCAAUAAUUCUACUGUGAAUGAGACUGUCAUGGCUCUGAUGUACACUGUGGUGACUCCCAUGCUGAACCCCUUCAUCUACAGCCUGAGGAACCGAGACAUGAAGGGAGCCCUGCGAAGAAUUGACUGUAGAAAGAAGACUCUUCUCUCUCGGAUGGUAACACUUAGUAUUUUUACACAAUUUUAUUCUUUACAUAUAUUGAAUUGA